AUGAAGCUGACCUCGCUCGUUGGAGCAGCCCUGCUGAUGGGUUCUGCCUUGAGCCAAGGUGUCCCUAUCUCGCCUGCUGUCAUCCCUGCUCCCGUCUCGUCUGCCGCUGCCGCCGACACGCCUUAUGCUUUCGUGCCCGCAUCGCAAACAGUGCGCUUUCCUGUCACAACGGCCAACUCUCGCGGUGCGUCCAAAGUCCACCCGCGUCUGGUCGCCACGAUCGUCAUGGACAAGCUGAAGAACAUGAUCAGCUCCAUGCCUGUCGCCCUCCCCAUGUCCAAGCUUCCGAUGGGCCUCAAGAAGAAGCGUCACCAGCAGCUUGGUGCCGUUGGUGGGGUGAUUGAGAGGGCAGCAGCGCCAGCUCUGCGCUUCCCGUACAGGUCAGGUUCCCCCAAGGUGCGCGGUGUUUCGCUGGGCGGCUGGCUGGUAGUAGAGAACUUUAUCACGCCGGACUUGUAUGCGUCGACGGGCAACGCGGCGAUUGUGGACGAGUGGACGUUUGGGUCGCUCCAGCCGAGGGAGCAGGCGGUCAAGAUCCUGCAGAAACAUCUCGACUCGUUUGUCAGCGAGGACGACCUGCGACAGAUUGCUGCUGCGGGGCUGAACCAUGUUCGCAUUCCGAUAGGGUACUGGGCGUUCGAGGUGAGCCCGGGCGAGCCGUUUUUGAAGCUGAACCAGUGGGAUCUGCUCAAGCAGACAGCACUGCUGUGUGGCAAGUACAACCUCAAGGUGCUGGUGGAUCUGCAUGCGGCUCCGGGCAAUCAGAAUGGGUUUGAUCACGGGGGACGCCGGGGUGUGAAUGCAUGGGCGGGUAACGGUACCGACGUGCAGCGCACCAUCAACAUCCUGCAGACAAUGUCGCGAGAGUUCUCGAAGGCCAAGUACGCCAACUCGGUCGCGGCGAUCGAACUGCUCAACGAGCCCAACACGGACCGCGCGGUGGUGCUCGACUUCUACUCGCGUGCCUACGAGGUGGUCCGCUACCCGAACGGCCGCGACAAGCCCGAGUCCCCGCUGCUUGUGGUGAUUGGCGACAUGUUUGUCAGCCCCGCCUUCUCCGACUACUGGACCAACAAGUUCCGCACACCCAAGUACCAGGGCGUCGCGCUCGACACACACAUCUACACGAUCUUCGACGAAGGCUCGCUCAAGCUCUCAGCGACAGACCGCAUCAACUACUACUGCUCGCUCAAGCCCAAAUGGGCCGCCAACAACCAGUAUCAUCCGCAGCUGAUCGGCGAGUGGAGCCCGGCAUUCACCGACUGCGCACAGGGCCUCAACGGCCGCAACACGGGCAGCAGGUACGACGGCUCGUUCAAGGGCAGCUCGAAAACCAACAGGAGCUGUGCCGGCAGGAGCGGCGAUGCCAGCACGUUUACCAGCAACUACAAGCGGCUACUGGGCAGCAUGUGGGAGGCACAGGUGGAUGCUAACGAAGGAGGCAUUGGUUGGUUGAUGUGGACGUGGAAGACGCAGGCUGGCGCCGCCGAGGAGUGGAGUUACAAGAAGGGUCUCCAGUAUGCUUGGAUCCCGAAAGACCCCACCAAGAGGCCUAACGGCAUCAAAUGCUAA